CUCACACUGACAAACACAAACCUCUGAACACGGAGAAACUGCGACACACAGCAGGUGUGCAGCUCCACAUGACAUCCAGCAGUCUGCAGAAAUGAACAGUGUCAGGACAGAUGAAUCUUUUACAGGACGAUGAACAGACAGAAAAGAUGAUCCGCUGAAGACAAAGAGAUGAAGGAGAAAACACAAUAUCAACAUGUCUGACAGAGAUUCAGCAGAGAGUGAAGAUGAACUCAGGAUUGUUCUUCUGGGAAAAACUGGAGUUGGUAAAAGUUCAACAGGAAACACCAUCUUAGGACGAGAUGCAUUUAAAGCAGGAACAUCUUCAGAAUCUGUUACUGAAAAGUGUCAGAGAGCAACAUCUGAAAUCAAUGACAGACGCAUCACUGUGGUCGACACUCCAGGACUGUUUGAUACUGAACUCACUAAUGAGGAGAUCCAGAGAGAAAUCAGCAACUGCAUCUCCAUGAUUCUGCCUGGACCACAUGUGUUCAUCAUUGUGCUCAGUAUAGGACAGAGGUUCACUGAGGAGAGUGAAAGAUCAGUGAAGAUCAUCCAGAAGACGUUUGGUCAAAACUUUCUAAUGUUCAUUAUAGUGCUCUUUACCAGAGGAGAUAAUCUGAUGCAUGAAACCAUCGAUGAGUGUUUGGGAAAACCUGGAUCUGUGGUCAGAAAACUGAUUAAAACUUGUAAAAACAGAUACCAUGUGUUCAACAAUAAUAAACCUGAAGACCGAACACAAGUGUCUGAUCUACUGAAGAAGAUAGACAACAUGGUAAAGGCAAACGGAGGAAGUUUCUACUCAUUAAAGAUGUUCAGAGAGGAGAAAGAAAAACAAGAACAGCAGAUGAAGAUGGACAGAGUCAGAGAAACAGAAGAAGAGAUCAAGAGACUAGAAGAAGACAGAAUGAAGAUGAUGGAGGAAGAAAAACAGAAGCAGGAGAAAGGGAGAAAGAGAAAAAAACCAAAACCAGGAAUAUGGAACAGAGAAAUACGAGAAGAGAAACAUCAGAGAGAGACACAAGACAAGAUGAUGAGAGAUCACCUAGAGGAUUUAGAGAAGAGACUGAUAGAAGAAAGAAACCUGAGAAAAGAUCAACUAAAGACUUUUGAUGAGAAACUGAGACUCAUUAAAGAAAAGUAUAAAGAAGAAGUGAAGAGAGGUAUGGAGUGGAAAGAGAAAUAUGAAAGAGAGAAAGAGAAGAUAAUGAGGAAAAUUCACUCUGACACUGAUAAUUCACUAAAGGUCGAAGCCUACAGGAAACUGGAGACCGAAUACAGCAAGUGGUCCUGGAGUCUCAGCAGUGCCAUGCUGGAAAUUGAGAACAAAUUACACAAUCAAAUAGAAAAUGAAGCAAUUCAUGAGGUUGAGGAAACUGACCUUCAAACUGAACUGAAGACGACCAGUGAAGAAGUGGAAAAAUCCAUGUCAGAGUUCUUUGAGAAAGACACAGAUAAAUAUAUACUGAUUCAGUGGAAAACAUCAUUUGAAACCAAAUCAAGGAGCUUCAGGAAAACCUUGUGAGAGAAACAAAGAAGAAAUUAAGUGUGAUUCUUCAGCAGCGAGAACUGAAGAAAAUGAUUGAUUCUGGAAGGACACAACAUGAACUUACUCUAUAUGAAAAGAGCAAAGAACUUGCCCUAAAAGUCAAAGAAAACUAUGAAAAAGCAACAAAAGAAGAGUUUAAUUUGUUUUGGGAGAAAAGUAUAAAGAAGACCAUCACAGACACUCCUCUAAUCAAUGACAUGGACAUAAUGAAAGAUGUGAGAGAGAUCCUUGAUUAUGUAUAUGACAGUGUUUCUGUAGAUGACUGGACAGAGAACAGCAAUAAUAUCACUGUGCAGAGUAAUUCAGAUAAUGUAAAGUCAAAUAAAUCAAUCGGAUUUACAGGUUUACCAAAAGCUUACAUGUCUGCUAUAGAGACGUUUUAUUGUUACAUUCAGUCUAAUGAUGACACAAUCAUCCAGAUUAGAUCUUUAAUCUCAGAUGUUGUUGAGCAGACAAACAGAAUAAUUCAGUCAUUUAACAUUGAAAAAAUGGGCUACAACAUCAGCCUCAUCCAAAGAAUCAAAGAUCACCUAAGGGCAAGAUUUAAAGAAUUCCAGGAAGGACCAGUUAAAUACAGUAAUAAAAUCUUUAUUGGUUUGGUUUACUCCAUCUGUAAAAAAGCAAACAAGACGAUCACUGACCAACACAGACUCUUUAGAGAAGCCAACGAUCCUGAAAUAUACUUAAAGAAGAAGAGAGAAGAGUACUAUAGUAUUUUCCAGAAGUACUGCCAUGGAGCAAAAUCAGCUGCCAUUUUUGCUGAGAUCAUCUCUCAGAAACUGAAGGAGCCCAUUGAGCAGAGCGUCAAGAAAACUGCCAGAGAUUUAGCAGAUAAAAUAAGAUCAGACUGUGAAUCACUGAAUGGAAACAGAUCAAAUCUGGAGAAACACAUCCUGAAGACUCUGGCAGAAGAGGAGGACUUUGACAAAUACAUGAACUACAUUCAUAAUCCCAAAGAUCACUUCAAGAGUUUCAUCAGAGAUGAAGUCAGUCGCUACAUCAGAGAUAAGUUCAGCAGCAGUGUUUUACCCGAGACGGAGGAGAACAUUAAACUCCUGCUGCAGAAGAUCAUGAACGCAGCACAUCAAUCUACUGAACAUGUUCAAGUCAACAGUGGAGAUGUUGGUUUGUGGUUGAAGAGUUUCACACAGCAGCUCUCAGAUCAGCUGAUCUUCUCUGAAAAAGACCUCAGUGGAGUCAAACAUGAUGAUGUUGAUGAUUUCAGACUCCUAGAAGAUGUGAUCAGACAAGAGCUU